GAUGUGAACGUUCCAACAGUCUCCCUGCUCCCAAUCCUCCUCCAAACAACAGAGGAACUGGAUUCGGUUGUCCAGACAAACCACCCUGCUGGCUCUUCACUGAAUGCAGCAAUAUUCUACCUCUUUCCACUUUACCUUUGUACAAAUGGUUCUCCCAUGGAAUUCAUUCCCUCCUCAUCUCUGCCUCAUCAUCUUUAGAGUUUCUUUCAAAGCACAUUAUAAUGGAUUAUUUAUCCAGAAAAACAAGUGCGUGGCAAUCCUGUGACUGCGCUGCUGAGACAGACUCCCCUCGAACCUGUGAGCUGAAGCUCUUACGGGCUAGACGAGUGUCUUACUAUGAAAGCAUUGGGGGAUCCUCAAGACUGGUUCUCCUGGAAAUGGCAACAAGUCAGCACUAAAAGCUUCCCCAAGAGCUGCUUUGGGCUCCAAAACAAACCCCUCAGAAAGUCAGACCUCCCCUUCAAGAGGUCACUGGCAGUCACCUCACUCUGCAGCCAGUGAGGAGGUGAAUGUAUGUCAGCAAUUAACCAAAGUGUCUGGUGAAAAAACCAAAGAUAGAAUUAAGGUAGGCCAGCGAGUCCACCAAGAAGGCAAGAGAAACAGCUGCCCUUCUGAAUUAGAUCUGUCCCUGCUUGACGAUGUACUGGUUCCAGAAACACAGAAACUAAGGCAUGUGAUGAAUUGGGCCCAGAGGUUUCUGACCAAGUGCCAUGAAGGCCAGGAGCUAAAGAGUCCUGGGGAGAAUCCACCCUUUGCUUUGUCUCUGCUUGGCCAAAGCAAAAAAGUACAAGACUGUCGUCAAGAUGCCUUUGUGAGCUCCUGCCAUGCCGCCUCACAGUCCCGAGAUGAUGGCCCGAGGAUACACACAGAUUCUCGAAAAAAAUUCAGCUUUUCUUUGGUCCCUACAGAAAAUUUAUCAGGGACAUGUUUUCCUCUGGACUUUUUAAGUUCUUUUGAGGAGAGGAGGUCUCCUGGUAAUUGGUCUAGUGGGUGGCAGGAAGCUAGAUUUCAGGAGAAAAGGCCCCCAGUGUCACCUCUAGUUGGUUUCAGGCAGCCUACUCUUAUUCAACCAACAUGUGAUAGGCCUGGAAAUACAUCUUCUCAAAAUCAAGGUGAGCCAGGAGACAGAGACAGUGUUCAUCCACAGCCUAAAGACAGUUGUGAAAGGAGUCUUUUUGAGAAAACCAAUGAGGAUUGUCAUGGCAAUGGUUACUUUUGGGCCCCACUAACAGAUAGCUCUGAAGAUGAAUGCACUGAUGAAAAUGGGGAAAACUGGAGAACUUUUAGAAAAGGUAUUCAGCUCAGAGACUCCACAGAGAGUUCAGGAAUUUCCCCAUCUCCCAGAAGUCCUUGUACAAUGGACUUGAGGUCCCCAAAGUUGGAAGGCAGUGUUUUCUCCAGAUGGGAGGCUGAUGUCAGCGAAAAAUCCAAAGGAGGAGAAAUAACUACUUGGAAACCCAAGGAUUUUGUAUCCAGGUUUCGGGCUGACAGCCCUUGGGAUAAAAAUGGCUCAAUGCUUAUGAGCAAACUGUCCACUGACCAAUUUGACUCCCCUGUUGAUGACUUCAGGAUGAGAAAAGGAGAAUCAAGCUCUGAGAAGUUAGACUUUGUGGUCCCCCUAAGGGACCUUAACUAUAGAAGUAGAUUGCUAUCUGACUGUGUGGAAGAUAAGACUUUUGUUGGUCAAGCAAUAAGAGAAAGUCAGGAAGUUAGUAUUAAUGGUGGAUUUGAUGCCAGUAAAAGCAAAAUCCAAAAGAGAGGCCAAAGACAAAUUAAUGAGAGGUGCUGCGACAAUGAUUCAGUUAUUCAGAUUUUUAACCCUCACCCGAAUACACUAGGAGAUCCCUCAGAAAAUGUCACUUCUAGUGUUUGUUCUGACUGUGCUUCAGAAUGUGAGCUCACCUCGGGCCACCACUGUUUCACGUGCUGCAAUGUAAGGAUUGAUCAACAGAUCAACAACAGAUCCCCAACAGGUAUAGACUGGAAAAUUAUAGAGACACCCAAAGUGAUUGCUAAGGAGAUGACUUGCGAGAGUAAGGAAAAUACUGUUUUCUCAAGUUACUCUGUCUCCACAGACCUGCCUGAAACUAUUUCAGAAGAUUCCUUGUCCUGCCAAGUAAGUGGUGGUGGUAGCUGUAGGAUCUCUGGAGAUGAUGCUCUGCCAGAGAAAUCAGAGCAGAAAGCCAGUGUGCUGGAGACAUAUUUUUUUUACUUGCAUCAAUUGAACAAGAUGAGGGGUUGUAAUUCAGAAGAAGGAAGCUUAUCCUUCUCCAACCACUUCACUGGGCUUUUGGAAAACAAUGCCAGGAAAGGGGAUCCAGAGAAGAAAGACAUAGGUGAAGAAAUCAGACCCAAUGAUGAGAGCAGUGUGUUUCAAGCUAUUCCUCACAGAGACAUUGAUAAGCCAGGACAGAAGAAUAUACAGCAUGAUUCUGUUGAAGAAGAAACUACUGAAGAACAACUCUUUCCAAAGUCUUUGAGCAAUCCUAUUAAGGAGACAAAGCUUCGCCUAGAAGAGAGGCCAUUUUCUGCCUCCAUAAAAAUUACCUCCAAAGCAACUGGUUAUAAGAACUACUGUGAGAAAUCCAGUGUGGCAUGGCCUUCUCAUAAACGUGGAGAACAGGAACUAAGAUCACAAAACAUGUCAAGACCAAGUUCAACCAAGGCAGAAAAGAGAAAAAGCACCGAGUGUUCUCACAGCAUUUGUCCAUCUGGGUCUGCAUCCAAAUACCUUUACAAGAAUGAUUUGGAGAGAGAAAUGGCAAAUAAGAAGAGUAAAGGAGCCUCAGCCCUCUCUGUGUGGCAGCUUCUGCCAGAUGAAAUAUGGGUCUGCAUCUUUUCCCUUCUGUCUCAUAAGGAUCUCUCUCGUAUUGCACAAGUUUGCCGUCAUUUCUGCCAGCUUGUGAGUGAUGACAGCUUUUGGAAGCGAAUCUACAUUUCAGACUGCCAUUCCUUGAAUGACGACUGGCUGGUCACCUUGGGGUGCCGUCAUCCCCAGUCUCUCACUUUGCAUCGCUGCCAUGAUGACAUCCAUGCCAUCACUGAUCGAGGAUUAAAGCAGUUUUUUCACCACUGUAGUGAAUCUCUCAAGGAGCUGAAUGUCACAAGCUGCAGUGGUCCCAGACUGAAAGGGGAUAAGCUUCUUCUCUAUGCAAGUACAUUUUGCAACAGGUUGACCGUAGUGGAUUUAAGUUGGAGUGGGGCUACGGAUCUGGGCGUGUUAGCUCUUGUUGAAGGAGCUUCAAGCCUUCAAGGAUUAUCUAUAAAUGGAUGCCGGAUUACAGACAAAGCCAUUAAAGCCUUAGUUAAAAAACAUGGAAACAGCCUCAAUAAACUAGAAGUGUUUGGCUGUCAUGCUCUCACAGCCAGGUGUAUGGGCUGUUUGGCGUUGUCCUGCCCCCAUCUGCUGACCUUGAAUAUCGGGAGAGUCCCCAAGAUCACUGAUGUUUGCUUUGCCAAGAUACUGGGGAAUCUGAAAAAAGUAACUUCUCUUAAUGUGACAGGUCUUGAAAUGGUGAGAGAUCGAAUUGUCCACCUCAUUGCGACACAGUGCCUGAAUCUGGACUGCUUGGUCCUUAGUUCCUGCUCCUGGGUUACAGAUAUAAGCUUGCUGGAAAUUAGUACCUACCUACGAACAAUCAGAUAUCUUGAUGUGAGUGGAUGUAAAAAAGUCACUGACAUUGGGAUCCAAGCUUUGGCAAGAGGCUGCCACCAGCUUCACUAUCUUGACCUGAGUUCGACAGGGAUAAGCAAAAGAGGAGUUAGUUUGUUGGCUAGCUAUUGCCAUGGCACGUUGGAGUGUGUGAAACUCAGUUUCUGCAAGGAAAUCACCCUGGAUGUUGUUAGAAAGCUUUGCAAAAAUUGCAGACGAUUGAGGAUGCUGCAUCUCUAUGGCUGCCAUAUCUCUCCAGACUUGAGCACAAUAAAAGACAUUUAUAAAACAGUGGAAAUAUUUCACGAUGGUUCUGCUUCUACAUGCUAAUGGAAUUCCAGCAAUGAUGGAUUUUAUUUUUCAUCAGGCUUCAGUCAAGAUGUAAGGUCUAAGAUCUAAGGUCAGAAGGAAAUUUCCAUUUAAGGUAGAGAUCUAAAUUUUUCUUUAGCUUCAUGCAACUGGACAGACCCAGUUAUAAGAUCUUAGAGCUGAUUCCUUUAGGUAGGGAAUGAUCUUUCCUACUUGGAAUCUCUCAUAGCAUUUUGUUUGAAAUUUAACUUCUGCACUUGUUAUAUGUAAUUUCUUUGCCUAAUUAUGUAUCUCUUAUCUAACCUACUGGAGUGUAGUUCUUGAGGGCUGGGUUUGUGUUUUUUACUUCAGUUUUUAUACCAAAAACUUAUCAUGAUACCUUGCAUAUAGGAUGUGCUUAAUGUUUGCUGAAUUAGAUUUUUGAAUGGAGAUUUAUAUUUACCUAAGAAGAAAAUGCAUUGAAGAAUAUGUUUAUAUAUAUGUAUUCAAUUAUGUACUGUGUAUUUUCUGAAUUAGAUAAAAAUUAUAACACAAUAAUAAAGUGUAUAGUAUAACAUCCUAACAUCUAUUUUUUUUAAAAAAAAGCUAGUAUUUGGUAUUAUGAACUUUAGCCAUUGCCAUUUGUUUUUCUUUACUCAGUCAAUUAAUCUAUCAGUCAAGAAGUAUGUACCAAGUAUGUGUGCCCUGGUCAGUCAGUCAAUAAACAUUUAA